AUGGAAGAAGUCAAACCGAAGAUUCAAGCCCCCGAAGAGGAAGAAGUUUUGAAUGCGCCGAAAGACAACGAGAAAGACUUUGGCGAUAUAGUGAACACUGCCGCCAUCCGUAAUAAAGCGGAGAAUUUUCGUCUGAAGUUGGACAAAGGAUUAGACCUUGACCCGCUCUACUUAGGGUUAUUGGCCACACUGGGACAUCUCCCUGGGGCCUUUUUCAUCUUUUUAGUUAAAGUGAAUGAACCGAUUCUUCGGAUGUACGCGAUGCAAUCGAUCAUCUUAAAUGGCGUCAUGAUGUACACCGUUUUCAUCUUCGGCAUUGCGUCGAUUUUCACAUCGAAAAUGCUCUGGUUACUGAUCCCAUCUUUCAUCGGGUUGAUCAUCAUAUAUAUCUUCCAAGCCGUCUGCGUAUUUUUCACAAAGGGAACGAAGUUUGUUGCCAUCCCCAUUAUAGGCGGAUAUAUCCAAAAGCAACUGUCGACCGAUUCGACCCUCCCUAUCUAA